UCGAUCAAUAAUCCUAUCUAAAGGGUACUUAGCUCAUAAUUGAAAUUAUAAAAACCAAUUUCUCAGUAUAUUUCAUUGUUCAACAAAGUUGCAAAACCAUAGGGAAAUUAAAUACAACAUAGAGAUAGAAGAGGAGUUCAGCUGAUUUUGAGCUUCAAUCCUUUUUCUCCUCCUUUUCCUUCUUCAAGCAAGCUUCCACGUGAUGAAGAAGGCUGGAAAAUCUCUUUCUCCAAGUAUUGCCCUCUUUUUCUCCUUCCUCUCUAUAUAGUACCAAUUUUUCUCUCCCCUCCCUCCUUCCAGUCCUUACUCUCCUUGCCUUUUAACCUCUGUUGCGGUGCUACCUCUAAAAUGGGUGUACUCUUCGUCAGGGCAAUAAAAGACGUUGAGGUGUCACUUAGUGAGUGAUUGGGUCCAAAUGACUCUGCACAGAAUCCUCCCUCUGUGCACUUUUGUCUUUUUCCAUCGCAAAGGUUCACGUUGAUGUCAUCACAAAAUGUUGUUGCUGCCAGUUUUGCUGCGGCAAAAUGCUGCAUUUUGCUUCCAACUUCCUGAAGGCCGGUUAUGCUACAGUCAGCCCUUCCAUGCCCAGUUCAAGGCGCUUUUGAGGGUGGACUUCCUUGGUGGAGGUGCUGACACUGGUGCCUUGCCUUUUCCUCUUCCUGAACUAGAGGUAGCCAUGUCAACCACUGAACUCGCACCAUCCGAUUGGAUACAGGGUGCUUCUUCAGCCUCUUCAUCUCGGUCAGGUUCGGGAUCAUCAAAAGAUGGAUCACACAAGUGUUGCGGGAACUUUGGGAAGGAGUGAAAUCUUUUGGGGUUGGCUCAGAAAUGCUGUUGCAGAGCCAAAUCUCUCUCUUGUUCAUAUUUCCAAAAGUCACGCAUCAUCUGCAUAGAUUCAUACUGCAUGACCUCCAUUUGGCAGAUCGGCUGCUCGCGUCGUAGAAAGCUCGCUUCCAAACCGGUAGGGGGUUGAGUGGACUGCUCUGUUUGUAGGGCUGUAAGGGCUGGGGCUGGGGCUGCCUCUUCUUCUUCCUGUAAAAUUUGAGUUAUGGUAGCCUUGGUGAUGGGUCCGGCGGGCUGUUGCUUGUCCUCAGCACCUGUAAAAACGACCCCUUGCUCUAAGCACAACUUAGUGAGAGAGGGAAACCAUAGACCCCCGCAUCUUCGAGGCGCGCAAACCUCGAUUUGUCCCUCGAUUACCUCCCAGAUGUUAAUUUGUAUCCCCUUAACAAUGCAGUACAAGAGGAUUGCCCUUUGUUAAUUAAUUAUAUGGUCAUGGGAUGAUGGCAUAGACUUGAGGAAGUGAUACAAAAAUUUCGGUCCCGGGUUAAGGCAUCUCCUAGGGAAGGUCAUGGAUCCCCGGGUCGUUUUAGUCCACACCGUACCCUCCUCACACAGCUCCCUCAGAAGCUCAUUGAGUUGUUCAUCAUUUAAACUUUGAGAGAACUCCAA